GUGAAAAUCCAAUAUGGCCACUUUGUACACAAUUUUAUUCAAAUGAGUUCACUAGGACAACUAGAUCAUGUGACAGUCAUGUGAUACUUAAUUCCAAACAUAGUACCUGGUGAUUUUACAUUAGUUGUGCAGUUAUUCAGACAUGAAGCAAGCUUUGUGUGCAGUUAUCAGCGUUCUGUUGGUGAGUCAGUGUGUGGCUCUCACACCAUACUAUCUCAAGCAACACAAGAACAACGCCCAUGUGUUCACUCAGCUGGUAAAGGUCCCCUCUAGGCCACAGUCAGGCCUCGACCUCUGUCCAACCUGUAUACAAUUCGGUGACAAUGCGCUCAACGCCCUCCUCAAUAUCAUUCUCAACUCGGGUGUUGUUGGUUCGUGCAGUGCACUCUGCAGUCUAUUAGAACAAGAGACGGGGAGUAAGGCUUUGGGUGUUGUAUGCACUCUGUUCUGUGAUGUAGAAGGAAUUAAAGAAUUCAUCAAGAUUAUCAACAGGGCUGAUUUAGAUCCCAUUUACUACUGUCAGCUGCUUAGAGCGUGCCCAAUUAACGAUAAUGGAGAUGCAAAGAUCACAUCCCUCACAGUGGACCCACCAUCUGGACCACAAGGUACUUUUAACAUCCGUUUAGUGUGGGCUACCAACAAUGGUACUGGCACAGGCCAAGUCAUCUUACAAGUAGAGACCCAGGAUGGCCUUCCAGUCGAGGGAGCAUUCCUGAAUGAAGCAAAGCUCGCAGGUAACUACGAACUUAAUAUUCAACUAAAAGCCCAACCCGACCCCGGCUGUGACCCGUCUCAAGGACCAUGUGAGAAAUGGGAACCUGGAACUUAUCCCGUACAAGUUGCUGUGUGUAACGGUGAAUGUGGAAGUAAACAUCCUCAUAGUAAAGUGUUCGACCAAGGUAGUACUAACUUCACCAUCACACCAGAGGGCAUGAGAUGGAGACGGUUUACAUAAAACACUUACCAGUCAUGUCUCCUGAAUAUGGGACUCUUGCAAUUGAUAUUACAUAAUUGGACGUUUGUCAAUCUAAAAUUUGGCAACUCUCAUUUUCAACUCUGAUUUUCCGUAUUCAAUAUCUAUUCUGAUGAUACAAUAAAUAACACAUCAUGGAUUUACAGAUAUCACAUGUCCUACGCAAACAAAGCGUAUUUUAAAAUUAAUUAUAUCACACGAGGUUUAUUGGACACUUGAUACACACUAAUAUGAUUAUUAUAAGGUUAUGAAGAAUUACGCAUUUUGUAUUAAAGAAUUACAUUAAUAUGUUUGUGUC